ACUCGAGGGGUUUGUUUUCUUGCGUUAACUCUCGCGGGGAUCUAGGGGAGGCCUGUGGGCGUAGGGGGAACUGGGAAACGGUUCACGAGGUCCGAGGUGAAUCCCUCUUCCCUCUCUGUGUACAAGCUCUCUCAGUUGAUCCUCUCGAGGAGUGUCGGUCCCACCUAAGCCCAGGAAGGAAAUCUCUCUUGCCCUUCGCCCAGUCGCGGGUAGAAGCCACGCUCUUGGACUGGUCCUUUCUACUGCCCGGGGCUGAGACCGGGGAAGGGCGAGGAGGAGAGAGUGGAGUCCGCUAGACCGGAAGCGGAACCGGAGUGGCGAGGCGACGAGUUUCUGCUGGGAUCGGUCGAAGCGCAGCAACUUCACCCUGGCCCCCCCAACUUCCCGUCGCCACCAACCGCCACCAACGGCCGCAAACCGCCGGCUCCGCGGAGGCGCCAUGGAGGAGGCGGAGAUGCAGCUCAAGGGGAAGAAAGUUACAGACAAAUUUACAGAAAGCGUUUACGUCCUGGCCAACGAGCCAUCUGUGGCACUGUAUCGCCUACAGGAGCAUGUGAGGCGCUCUCUGCCUGAUUUGGCCCAGCAUAAGUCUGACAUGCAGAGCUGGGAGGAACAGAGUCAGGGGGCCAUCUAUACAGUGGAGUAUGCUUGCAGUGCUGUGAAGAACUUGAUGGAUAGCAGUGUUUAUUUCCGAAGCAUUGAGGGCUUGCUGAAACAGGCCAUCAGCAUCAAAGACCAGAUGAAUUCUUCUCAGGGUCGAAGCCCAGCUGACCCGAAGCCUCCUUCCUUGACCUGAUUUCUGGAUGAGGCAAAUCUUUUCUCCACCUUCCCAGGUAGCAAAGGCCCCCUGAAGACCAGCCAGGCUCAGGAAUCAGAAGUGCCAAGGAAGAGAAAAGUUCCCCAUAUCUUACCAGCACUUGUUUCAACCCCCCUGACUCAGAGGUUCCUGUUCCCUCAACUGGGUGUGUGUCAAAUUGGUCCCCAAUAUGAACAGAAGACAUUUCUGAAAG